AAUGAAUACAGAAGAAAAAUAAGUACGUGUAUAUGCAGAUGGAGUCUAUGAUAUGUUUCAUUAUGGACAUGCACGUUAAUUAGAAUAAUGCAAGAAGCUCUUUCCAAAUACUUAUUUGAUUGUUGGAGUUUGUUCUUAAGAGGAUGUUGAGAAAUUUAAAGGAAAAUCUGUGAUGGAUGGUUACUAAAGAACUGAAAGUGUUAAACAUUGUAAAUGGUAAGUGUAAAUUUAUAUAUUUUAAGGGCUGAUGAAGUCAUCUAUCCUGCUCCAUGGAUAAUCGAUGAGAAAUUCCUCAAUGAUCAUCGUAUCGAUUAUGUUGCUCAUGAUGAUAUUCCAUAUACAACUGCUGAUGUCGAUGAUGCAUAUGCUUUGUGCAAGAAACUUGGAAAAUUCAAGGUAAUAUAAAGAUACAUAUAUGAAUAGGCAACUAAAAGAACUGAAGGCAUAUCUACUACUGAUAUUAUUGGAAAGAUAUUAAAAGAUAGACAUAAAUAUUUAAAAAGGAAUAUUGAAAGAGGUAUGAGUAGAUAAGAAUUGGGAAUGGGAUUAUGGGAAUAUUAUUAAUUAAAAUAUGAUUGGUUAUUUUGCUAAAGAAGAAAAAGAAAGCAAGAUUGAUU